GUCAUUGGAUGUAGUAACAUUGUCAGUAAUCAUGUAUUAGUUCGUCCAUCAACAAUAAUUCCAUAUAUGAUGUUAUGUGAAGUUCAUAUGUGGAGAUUGCAUCAUCAUCAAUGUUGUCCAUGUUGUGGAAUUUUUUGCACACAAGGAACAUUUUCACAAUGCAUAUUGCAAAGGAAAACUCGGUGCCAGAUACAUUUAUUUCAUUGUCAUUGCAUCUCAUCUGUCAAUGGUUUGAGUGAAAAAUGUCCACAUUGUGGAGCAAAGUCUAAUUUUCGGAAGAUUAAAUUAGAGUUAAAUAUUCAUCGUUCACCAAGCAAAUUAAAAGAAAAAUCUUUAGUCAAAUCAGGUAUGAAAUACUUAUCUUCAAAUGAAGAGGAGAAAAAUGAAAAUAUUUGUAAACUGGAUAAUUCUGAUGAAUCAUCUGAAAAUAUUUCUCCAUCAGAAAGUCUCUCUCUCAACAAACUUCAACAACAAUCAUUAUUAUCAUUGAUGUCUGGAGAGAAAAUGAAUAUGCGGUUCACAAUAAAAUCUUUCUAUGGCCCAAUUAAAACAGGCGAUAUUGAUAAAUUCUUACAAAUGUUAGCAAUAGGUUUCAAUCCUAAUCAUAGAUUUGAAGAUCACGAAAAUGAAACACCUCUUCAUAUUGCUGCAUCACUUGGCCAUCUUGCUUUUGUACAAAUUUUAGUCCAGGCUGGAGCAUCGGUAGAUCAUAUGAAUAAUGAGCUUUUUACUCCAUUAAUGUUGGCCGUAGAAAAUAAUCAUUUGUCUAUAGUUUUAUAUCUCUUAGCAGCUGGUGCUCAGUUAGAUGCACGAAGUGAAGAUGGGAUGACUUGCUUACAUUUAGCAGCACAGAAUGGACAUAGUGAAAUAUGUAGUGUUUUAUUAAACACAAGAAGAAUUGAUAUUAAUGUUCAAGAAGAGAAUGUUGCUCUACAUUGGUCUGCAUAUUCUGGAAAUGUUGACAUUUCUCAAUUAUUUCUGGAUGUUGGUUGUGAACUUGGAGCUGCUAAUAUUCGUGGAGAUACUCCAUUGCAUAUUUCAGCACGUCAGAGCAAUUAUGAAUGUGUUGUCUUGUUUCUUGCUCGUGGAGCUGAUACAAAAGUAAAGAAUUNUUACUGCUGUGCAGAUCAACAAUCCCAAACAUGGAUGGCUCUAAGUAUGAACAGUUCUUCAAAGUGUCCAAAGAAAAUUGAAACAAUUUUUCACAGAGAUAUAUCUCGAGGAAGAGAUGUUACACCUAUUCAGUGUCUUAAUGAAGUAGAUAAUACAUCAACUCCAGACAAUUUUAUUUAUAUCAUCGAUAACUGUGAGACAGAUUAUGUAAAUAUUGAUAGGACAAUAACAUCUCUUCAGAGUUGUCGUUGUAAUAACAACUGUAGAUACCCAAGUUGUACCUGUGCCGCACUUAGCUUCAAAUGUUGGUAUGAUGAUAAAGGGCAUCUUUUACCUGAAUUCAACAUGGCUGAUCCUCCAAUGAUCUUUGAAUGUAAUUCAGCUUGUCUGUGUUGGAAAGAUUGUAGUAGUAGAGUUGUUCAGUAUGGAAUAAGAUGCCAUCUACAAGUAUUCCGAACAAAAAAUACCGGAUGGGGUGUAAGAACGCUACAAGAUAUACCCAAGGGAACAUUUGUGUGCGAAUAUAUAGGAGAAUAUGUGAGUGAAGCUGAAGCAGAAAAAAGAGAAGACGACUCUUUUAUGUUUGAAUUGGACAACAGAGAUGAUUCAAGUUAUUGCAUCGAUGCAAAAUAUUUUGGUAAUGUUGGUCGAUUUAUCAAUCAUUUAUGCGAAGCCAACUUAUGUCCAGUGAAAGUUUUUAUAGAACAUCAAGAUCUUAAUUUUCCAAGAAUAGCAUUUUUCACUACAAGAUCCAUAAAAGCUCAUGAAGAAUUAGGGUUUGAUUAUGGGCCAAAGUAUUGGUCUAUGAAACAUAAGCGUGGCCAGUAUUGUCUCUGUGAUUCUGAAAAGUGUAGAUAUAACAAAAAUACAAUUGAAACUACAUUAAAUGAAUUGCUGCAUAAUUCUGAAGAAGAAGGAGUGUUACAUUCUUGAAGCCUACAACAAAUGAACACAAUGAACAACUAUGUGAAAGAAUCACUGCCAAACCAAACAGAGCAGGCCAAUAACAAGAAGCGCAGUAAUUUUCAACUGGGAAUGAAAGGUCUUUCUUCUAAUAAUUUCCAUUUUAUCAAUAUGGUGGCAAGAGAUUGUUGAAGAUUACUAUAUACUAUCACAAAUAGUUUCAUCAUUGACUCAAUACAAGAAAAAGCAUGAGUUAAAAGAUUUCAUGAUGGAUUGUAAAAUAUAACUCUUCCAAAAAUAUUUUAUUACAAUUAUAAAUUAAUUUGUAGUUUCUGCCAAACAUAUCAUUAAUUUUAUGGACAGUCAAACAUUUGCGUGGCAGCGAGGAAUCCAUUUGAAAAGAUUAUGAAUUACUCAAAUUUCAUUUUGUGUGAUAAUUAUGUUCUUCCCAUAUAAUUUUAUUUAAUACAUAUUUGUAAGUUUAUAUAUAAUUUUUUUCAAAAUAUUUGUGAAUACAAUCAUGCAAGUAAUUUUCAAAAAUGUAGAUAACAUUGCCCAUGAAUUUUCUAAUCAUUAUUAUUUACAAUGUGAAACAAAUGGUGACAAAGAGUUUUUCCUAUAGAAAGGAACGGCACAAAUGAAUUGAUUUGCAAAAGAUUUUACAAUUUUUAUCCAAAACUCUAAGAUUUAUUACUUAAAUAUAUAUAAUUGCUCAUAUAUUUAAUCAUUGUGGUAUGUUUUAAUACAUUAAAAUAAAAUAUUGUGGAGAAGCUUGCUGGAUUUUUAUUAUAAGUGUUUCGGUCUGUCUGCGACUAAAAUGGGAACAUCGGAACAGAUUAAAAAGUCGAAGGUAGUUAGAAAUUUUGUAUCAAAAUUCAUUCAUCAACUCAGUUUAUUGUCUUCUGAAAUCAUGCAAAUUUUAAUUUAUUCAAUUAAUCUUUGAUUGGUAAAUUAAAUAUAAUUUAGUUAGCACUUUAAUCUGUGAAAUAAAUCUUGUUGUUGAAUAUAUUUAAGAAACAUUUAUAAUUAAUGUACUUUAUGUAUGUUCUCUUAUAAAGAUUGUCAUAUAUUUGUACUGGAUAUCUGUACAUUUUACUAAGAUUCAAGACAAUAUAACAAGAUGUUCGGGAUAUUUAUUUUUGAGUCUGUGUAGAGGCGGAUACCUCAAAAAAGACUAAAAUCACUCUCCGUUGGCCACAUACGUAAAUAACGGGCACAAAUCGAACAUUUGGAUAAUUUAUUUCCUCCUAUAUGGCAAUAAAUAAAUUUUUUCAUUUUAUA